AUAGGUCUACCCGACGCUCCCACUCGCCCUUAAGCAAGAUGGCGGCGGUUGACUCCCCGGACUAGCAGUGCGGUGGGCGGCUUCGGUGCUGGUCACGUGAUCCGUCGGCGGCCGGUGCGGGCAGCUCUGUACACGGUGCCCCCGGAGCGGAAGCAGCAGCAGGAGCCUGGGGGAUGCCCUCAUGUCGCAGGUGUCGGGCGCUGCCCCGGCGAGCAGCAGCGGUGGCGGCGGGGGGAAGGAGAAGAAGGUCUCCCUGGGGAAGAAGCUGUUCUGGCGGCGGGGAGGGUUAGUUAGCCGCUUCCUGCGGACCCUCAGCACCUUAUCCCACCUCAGCAAUGAGCAGGAGGCGGCCGCCGCUGCUGCUGCUGCCACCGCCGCCGAGCCACCUCCACCCAGGGACAAGCCGUGCUCCCCGGCCCGCAGCCAGCCGGCCUCCCCGCAGCUCCCGCCCCCCAGUCCCCGGGUGCCCGGCCUGUCCGGCCUCCGCAACCACGGCAACACCUGCUUCAUGAACGCCGUGCUGCAGUGCCUCAGCAACACCGACCUGUUCGCCGAGUUCCUGGGCCUGGAGCAGUACAAGGAGCCGGGCGAGGAGGCCCCGGCCAGCCCCCUGCCCAGCCCCGGCAGCAGCAGCGGCGGCCUGGACCGCGGGGAGGUGACUGAACAGCUGGCCAAGCUCCUGCGCUCCCUCUGGACCCUGGAGUACACCCCCCAGCACAGCCGCGAGUUCAAGACCAUUGUAUCCAGAAAUGCUCUUCAGUAUCGCGGCACUUCUCAACAUGAUGCCCAAGAGUUCCUGCUCUGGCUUCUGGACCGUGUCCAUGAAGAUUUAAACAUCGUUGUCAAGCACAAGCCUCGGCCGCCAGUGGAAGAAGAUUUGACCGGAGAGGGGCCUCCUUUCCCAACCAGCGGAACUUUUGUUCAGGAACUUUUCCAAGCUCAGUAUAGGUCCUCCUUGACGUGCCCUCAUUGUCAGAAACAGAGUAACACUUUUGACCCUUUCCUCUGCAUCUCUCUGCCAAUCCCCUUGCCUCAUACACGGCCUUUAUAUGUGACCGUAGUUUAUCAGGGGAAGUGCUCUCACUGUAUGCGCAUUGGUGUUGCUGUACCCCUCUCUGGCAAUGUGGUGCGGUUACGGGAAGCCAUAUCAAUGGAGACAAAGAUUCCCACAGACCAGAUAGUAAUAACUGAAAUGUAUUUUGAUGGCUUCCAUCGCUCCUUCUCUGACACAGAUGACUUGGACACCGUCCAUGAAAGUGACUGCAUAUUUGCCUUUGAGACUCCAGAAGUCUUCCCUUCUGAAGGAAUUUUAGGCCAGAGAGGCAUCUGUGUGAACAAUAACCAGAAUUAUAUGAGGAAUGGGAUUGACCAAAAUAGGUCUCCUCACUACUCUUCUGGCUCAGUGCGGCUACCUACAAACAACAGGUUCGGGGUCAGUGACCGGAUUGUAAUCCUGGUGUGUAACAGAGCGUACAGCGGGCAACAUGGCAAGAGAUUUGGGCAGCCGUUUGUUCUGCACUUGGAGAGGAACAUCACCUGGGAUGUCCUGCAGAAGGAGAUCUUGGAGAAAAUGCAGUACUCCUUGCGCCCUUCGGUUUGUGUUCAGGUGUGUCCAUUCAGCCUCCGUGUGGUUACUGCUGUCGGGAUAACGUACCUCUUACCUCAGGAAGAAAAACCUCUCUGUCAUCCCACAGUUGAAAGGGCUCUGAAAUCCUGUGGUAUUGGUGGGGCUGCUCAUGUGAAACUGGUGGUGGAAUGGGACAGAGAGACCAAGGAAUACCUUUUCGGUAACACAGAAGAGGAGUAUGUCCCGGAUUCUGAGAGCGUUCGCCUGCAGAGGGAGCUACAUCACCAGCCACAGUGCUGCAGCCUGUCCCAGUGCUUUCAUCUGUAUACCAAAGAGGAGCAGCUGGCCCCUGGCAAUGCCUGGCGCUGUCCUCACUGUAAACAGCUUCAACAGGGCAGCAUUAAACUCAGCCUGUGGACCCUGCCUGAUGUGCUCAUUCUACAUCUAAAGAGAUUCCGACAGGAUGGGGAUCGGAGGGUGAAGCUGCAGAACAUGGUCCGCUUCCCAUUAUUGGGGUUGGAUAUGACUCCGCAUGUGGUGAAGCGCAGUCAGAGCUCCUGGAGCCUCCCAUCACACUGGUCACCUUGGAGAAGACCUUAUGGCAUGGGCCGGGAUCCUGAGGACUUCAUUUAUGACCUGUAUGCUGUGUGUAACCACCAUGGAACCAUGCAGGGUGGCCACUAUACAGCUUACUGUAAGAACUCGGUGGAUGGCUUGUGGUACUGCUUCGAUGACAGCGAUGUGCAGCCACUUGCAGAGGACGAUGUGUGCAAGCAGACGGCCUACAUCCUCUUCUACCAGCGCCGGGCAGCUGUGCCGUCCUGGUCAGCAAACAGCUCUGUGGCAGGUUCCACAAGCUCCUCGCUGUGUGAUCAUUGGAUUUCUAGGCUACCGGGAAGCAGACAGCCAAGUAUUGCUUCUGCUGCCUCUUCCAGACGAACAUCUCUGGCAUCGCUAGCUGAAUCUGUGGAACUGACGGGGGAAAGGAGUGAGGAUGAUGGUGGCUUUUCCUCGCGUCCAUUUGUGCGCAGUGUCCAACGUCAGAGCACCGGACGGUCCUCUGUCACCAGUCCACUUGUCUCAAAUGAGAAUGGUUUCAGACCAUCUUGGUCACUAGCUGCAAAACUUCACCUUCGUGCAGCCACCUCCUGCCGGCAUCCCUCAGACUCUCCCACACACGGCUCUGCCCUCAGCAAAAUUGGUGAGGCUGAUGAUCAUGUCUCAACUUCCUGCUUUGGAAGCCUACGUAAUCUGUCUGGCAGCUUCCAUGAUCACAUCGAUGGUGCCAGGCGUGAGCAUCGAGCGACGUCUCGUGCUCCAUUGGCUGUAGCAGAAACUGGAGCUCAGGGAGAGCCACUAGGGAAAAAAGCAGUUCCCAUUGAGCCACCUGUAAACAGUGCAGCCGAGCUAGUGGGCAGGAACCCACUGCUGGAUCCUCUAGACAACAAUAACCAUAUCGCCUUUGUGGAUCAAAGUGAUUCUGUAAGUUCCUCUCCUGUCCGGGAGAACUCACCCAGUGAGGAAAUGCAGAGCAAGAACCUUGUGACUAGUAAAGCAGCAACAGAGCAGGAUAAAGCAGCGCGAGGACCAGAGAAGGACUCUUCUUCAACCACUUUAGCAACAUUGGCCAGUAAUGGGAAACCGGUUUCUAAAGACAAAAGAAGUGCAGCGAAAACACCCACCCGUCGUUCAUCUACACAGCAUAGGAAAGACCCCGUAAAACCACAGGAAGUGUCCACCCCUGUCUCUCAGCAGAAGCAAAAAGUGUCCAGCUCUUCUGUCUGCACCACCUCCCAACCAGCACAGAAGAAACCUGCUUCAUCUUCCAAAACAUCUUCUGUGUCCAGCUCAUGCAGUAAACAUUGCGCAUCUGAGAAGCCUAUUAGCAGGGAAGGGUCAAAGGUGAGCCUGGGCUCCGAUAAAGCCUGUGCCACAAAACAAGGUAGCACAGCCCGUGCUGCACAUCCCAAAAGCAGCGACACUUCAACAGAUAGUCGGACUGUACGAAGUUCCUCGAUGGCCAGCCUCCGCGCACCUCAAAGUGGAACUCGGUCCAUCCUUAAGAGGGACAGCAAGUCAGAGGAGAAGGGGCUGAGUUUCUUUAAGUCUGCCUUAAGGCAGAAGGAGAACAGACGGUCAGCAGAUUUGGGGAAGACCAGCCUCCUAUCCAAGAAACCAACAGGAACCAAGAGCUUAGGGCAGGAGAAACCAGAGAUUGCUCCUUCCUUACCAGCCAAUGAUGUGGCUCCAAGUCCAAAAAGACAUUCUACCUUACCUCAACACAAAGCCAAGUCUUCCACUGAUGAAAGACAAGCCCAUCCCUCACCUGGUGGGAAAAAGACUGCUGAAAAAUACCUAAAAAGAUUCCCAUCUUCAACAAAGCCAUCACCUAAAGCUCAGUGACCGAGGGUGCAGGGGCAGCUGUACCACGUGUCCUGGCUCAAACUAAUGCAGUAGAGCUGUCCCUGCCUACAGCUGUUGGGAAUGUAUGCACUUUGAGGUUGAUGACUUUUGUUUUUAUUUGUGUUUUGUUUUUUUACCUUGUGAGGUAAGGUCUUGCCUUGUCUUCUCCCAGCUAUGCUUGCCGCAUGGAAGUUGACUCUUAUGGUGUUUUGGGAAACUGUUAACUUGCUGGCUGAGUUUGCUAAACGGACCAUGCCAGCAGAUAAGCUGCUCAGCCGGUCCUUAUGAACUCGCCUGCUUGUUCUAACUCAAGGGAAGAGGGGGGAACAGUGGUUUUCUCUUCUGCCAUCCGAAUGCUGCUUUUAUCUCUUUAUCUUCCUUACCAAAGCCCGGCUGUGACUCGAGCACAGAGGAGAGCAGGAUGAGGGUUGGGGGUACUCUUCAUGGAAACUGAGUGAUCUGUACUAUAGUUCUGUGUACGGUCAUGAGGGGAGCUCUGCAUUACAUACUCAUCCUAGAAGGCUGAAAGCAUUUGAGGCCACUUAGGUUUCGUCAAAGCUUCAAGUUCUUAUCUAUAACAUGUCGUGUAGACUGGUGUAUAUGACCUUAUUCUGCUCUGCUGUUGAUUUAUACCGAUCCACUCAUUCCUUGCCUCUCAUGCCAGUCACUGCCCUACUUACAUUUAUUACUCCAUGAUAAGUCUAAAUAUAGAGGUUGAUCUUGUACUUUAACCAAUGGCAAGUCUGUUGGCAGACACUUUUAUCUAGACUCCCUUGGUCAAUAAUUUAUGCCAACAUCCUCCCACCUUUAUUACUGGUUUUGCUAAUCCCAGCGUUCCUUUGUGUCCUUGUGUAAUGGUUUGGGGAUCUUCCUCUUGUUUUAUCAUGUCUGCAGUCUAUGCAGUACUAUUGCACUGUAUUACUACUAGCCGGUAAUGAGUUUAUACCUGCUGCCAUUCCAUGUACCAGACAGUUGUCUUUCUGUUUUUAAUGAGUUUUGCUUUUAGCUUAUAGCCAUUUAAUAUUAGCUGCCCUGCAAGACUGACUGGUUUCUGUCUGAAAUACGUGCUUUAUUUGUAUAUAGAUGAACACUAAUGUUUGGCGUAUAUGUAAUGCAGUUUAAUUCGCCAGGGCCUCAUAGACUCGGAUGAAUGAACUCAAUUUUGCUCUCCUGCACCACCCAAGUGUUUAACUCGCUCUGUUGUAUCUACUCACAAAGUAAUAUUUGACCUCAGGAAGGAAACGGUGAUUUUCCAGGGCAGCUUUUGCAGAAACCUCCUAGCAGUAUUGUAGGGUGUAUGAAAAUAAGACCAGUCAUUAUUUCCACACACCAAGUGGGGGGGAAACAAAAAACAUUAAACGUCUGACUUAUAGCAAAUCUCGUUCGGAGACGUUGGCUUUUAUUGCCCAGACUGCAUCUGCUAAGCGAGCCAACCCUGCAUUACACAUGGUGCUUCCCUCAUUAAUUCAGUUCUUUUGUGAAUGUUGCUGGUACCGGAUUCAGAGAACAGUGUAGUAGAACAUUAGAAAAUCAGGUAUUGGGUAAAAACCAGAAUGGACCUCUACCACUGUGGAGCUUGAAGUGCAUGUCUGGGGAAGGGUGUCUGUGACAGCUGUCAAUGGGUUGAAAGGGGGGGGGGGGGGAUUACAACCUCCCAGUUUGAUCUGGGGAUGCGGUAAAAACCGUAACGGUCCAGCCAAGACCGUACAUGGAGGCUGUAAUGUCUUCCUUCACAUCUCCCUGGUAACAUCAGUCAGACCCCCCCUCAGAUGCGCACUACAAGAUCCACAUCAGUAGAGGUCCCUGCAGGGAGCUGGUCCGGCCUUCUGGCGUCCAGACCAAAUCAGCUUUUACCCAAUCCCAUAAAAUUAACCAUUUAGGUCACCUGAGCAGCUAACGAGUAUGUGAGAUGGUUUCAGAUCAGGCCUAUAUGUAUUUUACUGUCAGUGCUGCUGUAGUGAAAGCCCUUUGCUGACCAGUAGUUGUUGGAUAUCGUGGCACAGUAGAUUUGUGCGUCAUUCCUUCCUCCUGUAGCACAAGCUGGCAUACAUCCGGGUGCACGGCUAAACAAUUAAUCUAACGUUUUAGUUCUCUCCUCAGGCACUUUCUGCAUGGCAAUGUUUAAAGUCAACAUGCACGCACUUGUAAUCUAUGCAAGCAGCUAAUUGUAAUUACUCGGUGCUCACACCUCUGGGCAACAGUGUCCAAGACAAUUGUGUGUGUGUGUGCGUGUUGUCGUAUUGUGAUACUUUGGUUGGGAAGGGCACAAGAUGGUGAGUAUUGUAUUUCUAACAGUUUUUAUUACAGUUAUUUGCACUUCUGGUUAGUGCUAAUGUUAUGCUGUGUUAUUUAUCCGAUUUACCUCGUGGCAUCCUUUUUUGUUGGAGAAGAUCUGUAUUUUAAACAUUCCUGCCAAAAUGAUUUGUCCUCCUUUCCAAGACGUUAUUUUACCUGGAAUCCUUCUAGUUUUCUCAUAAGUAAUUCUGUUGUUGCACUGAUCCCAACAUUGGAUGGCGUGAAUGAGGUACAGCCUAAAAUUGUACCGUGGUUUGCAUUACCCACAUGAUCGGGAACAUGGUUUUCCUUUUUUAUUGUAAGAUCACGGGAACUAUUUGUUUAAUUCUUCAGCAUUCCAUAAAACAUUUACUGCAUGACAGUUCUGCGGGAUUCAUGGUUCCGUUUCACAUUGUGUAAUGGCGCUAGUGGAUUACCAGCGUGAGAUUCAAAUACUAUAUUGUGGUUCCUCAGUCCAGUACAGUCCACUUUUGAGCUGUAGUUAUUUAGAGAUAUUAGUUUAUAAAACCUCAUUGUUCUAAAUCUGUUACUGAAAACACAGAUCUUAUAUUUCCAUUCCAUGCUUGCGAGCACCCAAGGGUCAGCAUCUGAUACUUCCCAGUGUCUCACAGCUUGUUUUGUUACGCGCAUAUUUCUUUUUCAUUUUUGACUGUCUUUUCAAUUGUGAUAUCGCAACGUUUCAUUGUUGAUUUUCAGCAUACACUAAAGACUGGAAGUGUAAAAGGUUUGAGGAGCGUUGAGCUGCCAAAUGCAGAUUUUAUGCAAAUUCGGAACAAUCUAGAACAAAAAUAUGCUCCAUUAAAGAUUGGGUUCUAAAGGUUAAAGAGAAUCUAACUUUAAUAGGUUCCUCUAAAUGUUAUGCAAUUUCCAUUUGCAUAUCGCUUCAAUUUUCAUCAUUCUUUGGCUUUUGGCAGCACAGUUCCAUUCCCUGGGAUUUUAAAGUCAAACUUUUUGGCUUGCGAGCGCUGUGCUGCCCGAGGCUUUCCAACUAAGUGUAUUGUGCCAGCUGUACAAGGUCGCACUAUCAAGACCUUAUUGAUCAGCUUGCCUGCAGCAAAAACUUCGGUAAUGCUAACCUGAGUGUACAAUUCCUCAUCGUUUGUAACCCUUACAGGGCCUGGUGCAGAGUUGAAUGUGAAUUGGCACAUGUAAAACAGGUGUGAAGUGUAGAUACAACUGAAAUGUGUAACUCUGCAUCACACAUACUUGUGUACGCUAUGUACUGCACUUUCUCCAGAAUAUACACUUCUUCUCCAUCGGGCGUACAUUCACCUCUGCACCUGCCCAAACAUGAGCAAUUUUAAUUUGUUUCAGUGUUCAGAUCCAUUGUAUUUUUACUGGUUUACAUUGUAGGGUUUGGUGUGUGUUUUUUUUUUUUUUUUUUUUUUAACAGUAUGGGGCAUAUCCAAUUUCUGAACAUGUUUCCACCCUUGCUAGUUGUACUUUACGGAAGCCCCAUAGGGCUGCGUACAAAAUUGUGCAGAUUCAGGGUAGAGUGGGCCAUGAGGGCUGUGAGAUUUGGUGCCCUUUCCAGUGUUUCAAUUCUGUUGCAACGACAACUGCGCACCAUUCGUCCGCUAUUGCAUUGACCCCUAUAGGUUAUAAGCCUUUUUUUGUAACAGAGCUAUAUUUGUUUCUUUACUGUAUGUAUGUUAAAGUGCACCUAUCUAUACAGUGGACGCAGCCGUUUUUUGUGGGUGGAACCAUAUGUGAAAGGCAGCACAAUAUAUUAUUAGGAAUCGAGUGUUCACGCUAGGCUGUUUUUAGCAGGGCGCAAAGUGUGCCCUUCCCUAACCGCCGCACCCUGCUUAAAAUAGCCUGCCCAGUACAGUCCCCAGACUCGGGCCGCAGUGUCCCACGUGUGGGAAAAGUUGCUGUUUAAGAUCGCCACCAGGCACUGCAUCUAUUCACAUUGAGGGGAGAGCUUGUGGGGAAUUCCAGCAUCUCCGUAAGUGUUGGCGUGCCCCCAAGAGUGACAAAUUGGGGAGGUGUCAAAAGGACACGCCACCUUUUUGGGAGCGCUGACGGCACGCGCAGUGAAGCCCUCCCACACCUCAGCGCCCUGCCCGUCAGGAGUACUAGGAAUCUGCAUGAACCAAGCGGCUGCUGUCUUAGUGUGUAGGUGACAGAUGUGCUUUAAGAAUGGAUUUUUUGACAUUUGACCCUAUUGUGUUUCUAGGUAACGCUGGCAGUGGUAUACUGUACGUUGAACUCAUCAACUAGAUUAAACAGAAGCACGUUAGCUGCUUUUGAGCCAGACUUCUAGCACCUGAUGAAUUGCAUACAGUUGGCCAAUGUGUUAAUUCUAAAGCAUGUGUCCUGAUUGUUAGCACUCAGGGGCAGAUGUAUUAAGCCUGGAGAAAACAUAAG